UUCUAAAGACUUAUUAAUUUGAAUUGCGCUGUUUCUGUCAUCCGCGACGUAUCAAAAUGAUGCUAUAUUUUUUACUUUUAAGCGUCGCAAGUUGUACAGCUACAAAUAACUCCAGUCCUUUUAAUGUACUAAAUGCAACUAACCGUCACUCAACAAAUAUUUCCGAGGUUUUUCCUCAUCCGCUUCUGCAUCCGAAGCUGCAUAUAGCAUUCUUCUUCCUCGCUGUCCAUGGUAGGAAUUGUUCAUCCUUCAGUAGAUUCUGCAGAGAGAUGGUGGGCUUUACAGACAAGUUAAAGUAUGAUACAAAUCUCACAACGGCUGGAAACGCAAGUAUUAAUUAUGAACAGGAUCAGCCAUGGCUUAGAUGGAAACGAAUUUUGGAAAGCACUAAUGACCUUGCAGCCGAUAAUGAUAUCAAGCAUGCCCCGACGGUUGUCGCUACGAGACUCACUGAAUCAAACAAUACGAUGGAAGAAAUGGCUAAAGGAAACACAUUUAGAAAUGGAUUUCUCAGCAGAUUGUUUCUACAUGAUCCUUUAUUGAUGCUUUUACAUGCUGCUAGAAGAAAUAGCAUUAUAGGUCCUUCGAUUGAUGUUGAUAAUUUCAGAUCAGAUGGUAUUGAGCAUUUCUUCCUAAAUAAUAACGAUAACAAUGACAGCCAUAUUUUUCCAUUAAGUAACACCAAAUCUGUAGGAAUGCAACCAAUUUCUUUGGGUAAAAAGGACGAUGACUAUAACUUUAUCCUAGAUGCCAAAGAUCCACAUGCUGAUGUUCAGUCUUUUCCAUCAGAUGAGAAUAACGAUAAUCAUGACUCUGUUUUUAAUAAUAACCAACCUUCGCAUACAAGUACACAGUCUUCUGUUCACGAUAACAAUGACGUUGAGAAUAACAGUCUUAAUAUGAUCAGAAGAUUGCUGCGUGCUUACGAAAUACCUUCAAAAUUCCAAUGAAUUUAAUUUCAGCUGUGUGUCUUCAAAGUUUCUAAAUUUUGUUAAACAUAUUGACAUUUUAAAAUUUAUUUUAAAGCUUUUUAAUUUUUAUGGCUAUAUUUUACAUUCAGGCUUAUCAAAAUUAACAAGCAUGAAAAAUAUUAUUGUGGCUUUCAGGAAAUGAAAUAAAAGUAGAUCUGUUCUAAAACAACUGUGUAUUUUGUACAGAUUAAGGAUAAUAGUAAAAUUACUCAAUAAACAUGA